UCAAUUCAUCAGCAAACUGCCUGAUAACCUAAAUGCGGAAAUAGUAUUAGGAACUGUGCGAAAUCGCGAUGAAGCGGUCGAGUGGUUAGGGUAUUCAUAUUUAUUUGUACGUAUGUUACGCAAUCCAGCUCUUUACGGUGUUACAAUCGAUCAAUUAGAAGAGGAUGAAUAUCUUGUACAAAAACGAGUCGAUUUGAUACACUCUGCUGCAAUGCUUUUGGACAAAUCAAAUUUGAUUAAGUACGAUAAGAAGACAGGUAGAUUUCAAGUCACUGAAUUGGGUCGCAUCGCAUCACAUUUCUAUAUCACGCACACAUCCAUGGCAACAUAUAAUCAACAUUUGAAACCAGUGAUGGGUCAUAUCGAAUUAUUCCGUGUAUUUGCUCUAUCAGACGAAUUCAAGUAUAUUCCUGUGCGAGAGGAGGAGAAGCUCGAGCUAUCAAAAUUACUCGAACGUGUACCCGUCCCAGUCAAGGAAGGUAUUGAAGAGUCAACUUCAAAGAUCAAUGUUCUUUUGCAAUCCUACAUUUCUCAGCUUAAGUUAGAGGGGUUCGCGCUUGUUUCUGAUAUGGUGUAUGUAACUCAAUCAGCGAGUCGAAUUCUUCGAGCCAUUUUUGAAAUUUGCUUGAAACGUGGUUGGGCUCAGCUUUCACGAAGGGCUUUGGACCUUUGUAAAAUGGUGGAGAAACGUAUGUGGCUCUCUAUGUCUCCUUUGCGUCAAUUCAAGAUGAUGGCUUCAGACUUGGUAAAAAGGAUUGAAAAGAAAGACUUUCCAUGGGAGAGAUAUUUUGAUUUGAAUCCACAAGAAAUAGGUGAACUUGUUGGCGUCCCCAAAGCUGGCAAAAUGAUUCAUAAAUACGUUCAUCAAUUUCCCAAAUUGGAGCUGCAGACUUUU